AUGGCGAAUUCUGGUAUUCUGCAGACAGAGCAAGAUCUUCUUAUGUUCUCGUCUCUAUUUCACAAUUCCAAAGGUGAAAAUGUUAAACCUCAGGAAACAGAGAUUGAGAAAAAGAUUGAGUUUCUCGAGAGCUUGACUGGAAAAGUCCGCAACAGGAGAUCUCGUAGAUGGCUAAAUGAUCGUUUGUUGAUGGAGCUUGUUCCCCCUUUGAAUGCUGAUGAAAUUAGAGGAUUGUUUGCUCCACCGCCAUGGGGCGAUGAUGUGCCACUUUCACCAUUUUGCAUGACAAAUGUGGGAGAGUGGGACAAGUUCAGGAAUAUAGACAUGGACAAGCAGGCUUCCAUUAUAGAGUCCCAAGAAGACUCGUCUGGUGAUCGGAGAAGCCGUCUAGAUGCUGAUAAAGUUGCUGUACUGACUGCUUGGCAUAGGGUUGAUUGUAGAACUAGAGAUGCACUUCGUCGUUCCUUUCUUUCAGAAUUGAUUAAUAGCUAUGAGGAACGUGUACGAUCGUUCAUCAAGGAAAGUCAGGAUGGAGAUGUUCUUGUGCUACAAGUUCAAGAUCCUUUCCAUCGUUUACUACUGCAUGGCGUUUGUGAGUUCUACAAUCUACUCUCGACGACAUUCACCCAAUUGGAGGGUCCCAACUCCUUGAAGAUGACUAGGAUCUGCAAGAAGAAACAAAUUCUCGUCAGCCCUAUUACGAAAGAUGAAUAUACCAAUUUGUAUACCAUGUUAGUGUACCUCAAAACCCCUCUUCAGCCCUCCAAACUACAGUUGGAACUAGGUUCUUACCUCCCAUUCUACGACUGUGCCCGACACUACAAAUCAUCCUCGUACCAGCCAAUCUAUAGCAAUUCCUCUCUCUGCACCGAUCUCAACCCGGUGACCCGGAAAAUCGCUAUCGGUGAACUGCUUAUCGACAAGCUUGCUUUGCCCAUCAAGAAACCGGGUCAAUUUGGCCGAGUCUCAGACUUUCUGUUUUCUUGUACUGAUCCGAAUAAAUAUUCGAGGAUUUAUAGGGGUCUUGCUAAAGGAGUGAAAGGUCUAGCUGCUCUAGGCCGGUUUAAUUAUUCUCUCCCGGCUCAGUUGAGCCGGGCAUUUUCUUCCCCUCAAAUAUUUGCAGUUUGCUUGCCUGGCUCGUCAAAGGCCGAUGGAGUGGCUUUGUUUAACUCACCCGGGCCGUACUAUUUUUCUCCCGGAGUUGACCUUUCGAAAUCACUUAUUUACACUCCACUCCUCCAGGGCCCACGUGGGGCAGACACCCAAAUUUACUACUGGUACAAAUCUCCUGAUUAUUACGUUGGGUUGACUUCUAUAAAAGUCAACGAGAAAGUUGUACCAUUGAACAAAACCCUUCUUGCCAUAGACGAUCUUGGAUAUGGUGGAACCAAGAUUAGCACAUCUAGACCAUACACUGUCUUAGAAUCUUCAAUUUUCAAGGCUUUAACAGAUGCAUUUAUGCAGGAAUCUGCUCUUCUCAACCUCACGUUAAUAAAGCCGGUCGAGCCAUUCCGUGUGUGUUAUGCCGUACAGAAUGUUAAGAAUACGCGUGUGGGCCCAGCUGUUCCAACCAUCGAUCUUGUGUUACAGAGCAAUAAUGUUUUUUGGAGGAUUUUCGGGUCUAAUUCAAUGGUAAGGAUUACAACUAAGGAUGUAGAUGCUUGGUGCUUGGGUGUAGUUGAAGGAGGAUCAAGUUCAAAGACGUCUAUUGUUAUUGGUGGACAUCAGAUCGAGGAUAAUUUGUUACAGUUUGAUGUUCAAUCAUCAAUGCUUGGGUUCAGUUCUUCGCUUUUAUUCCGUAGUACUAAUUGUGCUAAUUUUGAUUUUAAUUCUACCAAGAAUUAG